AACGACACAUCAUCACGUUGGCUUUCCGACGUCACUUCCACUCGGGUCAAAGCGUGUCGCGUGCUAACCAGGUAAAAAGUGAUCAUACUGUGUCCAGGUCGAUGGCAGCUGACAGCAGAACCGAGGACUACCCUCAUGAGAUCGACGAGCAGCUCACAGGCUUCGACUCCUCGGUGUCUUCUGUCAGAGCCAUGCUGGAUCAGCUGAUGGCCAUGCCCAGGAACGAGCUCCUGCAGAAGCUGGAUCCUUUGGAUCAAGCCAAGCUGGACCUGAUGUCUGCCUACACCCUUAAUUCAUUAUUCUGGAUGUACCUGGUGACACAGGGGAUAAAUCCCAGAGAACAUGGAAUCAAACAGGAAUUGGAGCGAAUAAGGACGUACAUGAACAAAGUGAAAGAAAUCACAGACAAGAAGAAAGCCGCCCGCGUGGACAAGGGGGCGGCUGCUCGCUUCAUCAGGAGCGCUCUCUACGAACCGGACGAGAAAGAUCCUAGAAAAAAAACGCCAUCCAAGAAAGCAGCAGACGCAACACCUGACGCCCCGCGGGGAAAACGUCCAAAACAAAGCUGAAGUAAAGACGUUGCAACGUUGUGUUGCAAGAAAUCAACAUAAUACACACUGGUGUUUAUCUGGGUUGCUCACCAGAUUCUCGCUGACUGUUGCCCUGCAGCAAGACUAGAAACCCAAGACUGAUUUCCAUCUACGACACAACCAUCCCAUGUUUUAUUUGCUGAAAAUAUUUCUGGACGCUGCAUCAGAAUGUUUCAAUGCUAUGACAGUUUUAUAAUGUUACUUUAUCACUGAGUUGUUGCACAAUUAUGUGACAAAAUAGUUUUUUUAUUUAGAAAAGUGAGUAAAAAAAAUCAUUUGGGUCCAUGCAGGUAUUGAAACGUCAUGAAAGAGUCUAUGGAUCCACCUUUUUAGAUACAUGAGAAAUGUUAAUCUCUCUAUUUUUGACGCGAUUCUAUGAAUCAUAAGUUUGCAUCUUGUUACACGUGCCAUUUGUCAAACGCUGUACUGAUUAAAAACGUGCUUUUUGGAUUGACUUCUGCAUAAAAAUACUCACCGAACAUGA